AUGGCAACAAAUAAUAAUCAAACGCCAAAAGUACAAAAACGUUCAGGACGUUUUAUACGUUCAUUACUUAAUGGAAAUACAAAUCAUUCAUCAAAUUCUAAUACUUUAAUUAAUUUUCGUCAUUUAAUAUCUGUAUGUCAUAAUUCAUCAUCAACUAUUCCUAUACCAUCAUCUAAUUCACCUUAUAAUCGUUCAUAUUCAAGUAAUAGUACACCAGCAACACCAAAUAUGCGUCGAUAUCGUACAUUAACAUUUCAUUUUCCUUUUGAUGAAUGUAAUCCAUCAACACCACUACUACCACCUGAAAAGCCUCCACGUUCAAUGAGUCAAACAAAAUCAUCUAAACAUAAAUAG